UCUCAAGCUCAUUUUUCUUUCACUUAUCUCUCUCUGCUUCCAUGGCUAUUCAUCAUAAGGUUAUCAUCACUGCACUUCUCUUUGCUUUGUUGGUUCUUGCUAGGGUUGAGUUCUCAACAUGCCAUGUCUUGAAAGGCUCUGUUACUUGCCUUGACUGCCAUAACCACCAUGAUCUUUCUGACAUUAAAGUCCUAGUGAAGUGCAGUCAAGUGAGGAAGCUAGCCGUGGCAACCACAUCAGCAGAUGGAACCUUCGAGACCGAGCUUCCCUCCGACGCCACGCCCCCUUCUUCCUUCAACUGCCUAGCCAACAUCCUAGGUGGUCCAAAACAACUCUACACCUCAAAGAAAAACAUCGUUUCAAGGACUCUCAAACUCCCCAACUCUGAUGAUUCCUACACCAUCUCCAAACCUCUCAAGUUCUUCACAUCAAACCCUUCUUCCUCCUCCAAGAAUGCUGCGGCAAUUGGUGAAUCGAAGACCGUUGACAUACCUCUGCCGCCGGCGUGGGGACUAGCUCCUUCUAGCUACUAUAUUCCCUUUGUUCCCAUCAUAGGAAUACCUUAAUCUGGUGUUUCUAGUGUGUCUUAAGGUUUGUUAACUAUAUGUGUAUAUGUUGUAUGUGGUUUUAUGGUUUUGUUUGUAGUGUUAAUGUUGUGUGAAAGCUAUGUUCUUUCUCAUCAUAUAUAUAUAUAUAUAGUCCACCUUGAUUAUUAUAGUAA